AUGACUUCGAUAAAAUUAAUAGACUUCAAACCAACACACACACAACUUGCUGAUGAACUUUUACAAUUUUAUAAUAAACAAACAUGGAUCCAUGCAGAUGAAUUUAUCGCAUUGGCAGUAAAAAAGUGGAUCACAGAACACAAAAAAACCGAGCAACAAAUUCUAAAGCUACUGCAACUCCAAGGCGUAUCACCGAAGUAUUCAUGCAUUCUGGGGUUUUGCUUUGAAUUUGGGAUUGGUCUUCGACGCCGUAAUCCGACUUCCGCAUUCCAAUUUUAUCAACAUGCCGCGGCAAAUAAUGACGGAUUUGCAUUGGUACAAUUGGGAAAAUUUUACCGGUUUGGUACAUCUGUUCCAUUUAAUCAUCUAAAGGCAGUAGAAUUAUAUCAGAAAUCAGCCGUUCUAGGUCAUCCACAAGGAGCUUUGAAAUUUUCUCGUUAUGUGAGUAAGCCAAAAGAGAUAUUUCAUUAUCAUAACAAAGCCGCCGAUAAAGGAUUCAAGAAGGCUCAAUGUGAGAUGGUCAGAUGGUGUAUGUUGGGAGAAGCAACGUUAAAGGAUAAACAUAUGUCUUUGCGUUGGUUAUUGCGACUGUCACGAAACAAUUAUCAAGAAGAAAUCAAUUUGCGUAAAUUCUUGCGAAUGAUUUUUAUGAAUAAGAAAUCUCGAAAUUAG